UUGGCUGUUGUCAUUUCCCAUUUCGGGAAAAUAAAGACAAGAGAAUGGACAAGAAUUAGCUAAAGGCAAAAAUAUUACUAGACUACUUUUUUUUGUCUCCUGUGUGCCAUACAUCAAUUUCAAUCUUUCUGAUCAUUAUAGAAUGAAGGAAAUUUUGGUAAACUUUAGUUGGCAUGCGCCAUGACCCUAAUUUCAGGGGGUCAGGAUACGGAAGUAGCAGUGCGGAGUUUCGUGUGAAAGAAUAAGACAAAAAUAUUGCUCUCAAAAAUGUCGUCUUCGGACAUGGAGACGCCUUCCGUUGCCGAAGUCUUUCCCUCUCCCGUCAGUGGUAACCACUGGGACCCGUGCUUCAGCAAAGACUGGGAGAAAGAGCGACCGACACAGCAGUGCGUCCUCAGAAUAAAAAGGGACAUCAUGAGCAUCUAUAAAGAACCUCCACCUGGUAUGUUUGUUGUACCUGACUCAGAAGAUGUCACAAAGAUCCAUGCACUGAUCACCGGUCCCUUUGACACCCCCUAUGAGGGUGGUUUCUUCCAUUUCCUGAUCCGGUUUCCACCAGAUUACCCCAUCCGACCCCCCAGGGUCAAGCUGAUGACCACAGACGGGGAACAAGUACGCUUCAACCCCAACCUCUACAAGAACGGGAAAGUCUGUCUCAGUAUCCUCGGUACAUGGACUGGUCCAGCCUGGAGCCCUGCCCAGUCCCUCUCCAGUGUUCUUAUCUCCAUCCAGUCUCUGAUGAAUGAGAAACCUUACCACAACGAGCCAGGCUUUGAACAGGAGAGAAAUGUAGGAGAUGCCCAGAGGUAUAAUGAGUGCAUCAGACAUGAGACCAUCAGAGUAGCAGUGUGCGGGAUGACUGAGGGACGAUGCUGUCAUCUUCCCGAUCAGCUCAGAGGAGUGAUGGAAAAGUCUUUCCCGGAGUUUUAUGACUACUACACCUCCACCUGCAGGGACAGACUCCAUCUGGACGGCUCCAACAUGCAGGAUCCCUUUGGAGAAAAGAGAGGUAUUUUCCAGUACUCCCAGCUCCUAGAAAGACUGGAGGUCAUCAGGAGAAGAAUAGGUGAAGGGUCAGAGGACAUGACCUCUGACCUAGACAGUGACAACAGUGACCUGGACUCUCAGGAGGUGUCCGAAGCUCAGGAAAAUCAGAAUCUCAGUCCGGGCACCAGCAGUAGUGGGUAGAUUAUUAUCUUAACAAAGAAAAAGAAUCAUAUAUAUUAGCAUUUAGUUCAUCCCUAUUUAAAGUGUUAAGAGUCACUCUUUAUUAGGAGAGUGAAUACUAUUACUCUAUACAAGUAGGCCUAAGGCCACAGAAAGUAAAUUUUAUAGAUGACAUCCUCCCCAGACUCCAAAUCUAAUGCGAGCAGGCGAAAAAAAACAAGGCGGGCCAAAAAAACAAGGUGCCUAC